CCAGCCCUGAAGUGGACUCCAAACGAUCCCACUCGAGCUCACACUCCUCCACUUCCUCUUCCUCCCAACGAGACGGGCACUCGGUCCUCUCGGAGCGGUCUGACCUCCUCACCGGCAAAUGCUUUCGAGCUUCUGCGAAAGCAGCAUUUCCCCACAAACGGCCAUCUACCCAACGAAUUCUCACCCCACGCCGUCUCUCCUGUCUCGGCAGCUCCCCUGACAACCACCGCUUCUCCGUCCUCCUUCAAGCCGGCCGUCGUAUUGGCCCGAGAGACGGUAGUCGCGACAGAGGAGACGGCCAGGCCGAGGCGGCCUGACGACCAGUUGGAGAGGGAUCGAGGCCCGAGGACCGGGACGAGGACGGCAGGCUCAGCCACCAACCAGAGGCGGUCGGACGAGUCGAGCGGAGGGCUUGAUUACACAGACGACCAGUUGGACCUUCCGCUUCCGCCGCCACCACCGCCGGUCUCGAUGGUGACGAGCCAGUGGCAUCAGGACAAAGAGGAGCAGCGUCAGCAGCAGCAACAGCAGACGGCACUGUUGAUGCAACUGUUGCGGACCGGCGGCAGCACGACGGCGCCCGGCGACCUGCCCGGCUCCGCGGCCUCAACCGCUUCCACCUCAGCCUCGGCUUCAAUUCCCGUCACAGUUCCAGUCUCGCCCGUCACCUCGUCUCCUGCGUCGAUUUCGACCGCUGCCGUCGUCAGACCUGCCGGCUCGAGGACAGAUCUGCCCACUCUCGCUUCGGCGUCGACGUCUCCUGGUCAGAUGGGGCUGGAGAGCUUUGACGACCAUUUGCGUGAGGCCAUAGCGCGCCGUCGUCGACAACGUCUCCAACUCGAGGCCUCGCAGUCACCGCCUCCACUGCCAGCUCCGGUAUCGGUACAAACAUCGCCGCUCUCAUUGGCCCAGUCAGGCAGACCGGGCCCGUCGUCAACUUCCGCCAGGCGGCUGGUCCGCGAACCGUUGUCACCCGCAGCUUCGCCGACUUUUGGCUCGUCUGCUUUGCAUCGGAUGCCCGCCAAGGUGACCAGCUUCAACGGCGACGCCGACGGCGACGGCUUUUCUCUGGGGCCUUUGAUGGCGUCAGCCACCCUCGGUCGGCCUGGACGGCGACCGGUACGCCAUCAGCCUGGCCAAAAUGAAGUGUCGAGAUGGCCGCCUUCGACGGCCGGACGAGUCACGGUAUCCAGGACGACUCAGCCCACCAGCGUCACUUACUCUACUUCCCUCGAGCCGUCUGGCACCGGCGCCGGCUCAUCUACUGGCCCCGCCAUCGACGAGGUGACGCCGUUCCAAGCGGCCGCUGAGCGCUUUCAGGCCAGCGCUCUGGCCAGACGUCUGCACGCACAGGCACCGCCACCAUGUCGCCUUGACAUAAGCCGACCGACAACUGGUGGCCAUGGCAACAGGGAGACUGAAUCCGCUGGUCAGACAGUCUCGAUGUUGGCCAGCGCCCUUUUGAACGGUCGUGAGACGGGCCAUUUCAUUGGGCCCGCAAUGAUCCCGCCUCCAGACAACUUUCGUGAUGUAGCCGGUUUUGCGGCCGGUUCCGAGGCAGGUCAUGACGCCGGAAACGGACUCCUCGUGGGCCGAGUGAGUGUUCUCCUGCGCUCUGUUCAUUUGGGCCUGGGUCGUCGUCUUGACCACACUCCUAUUAAGACACUUCAGCAUACGCCCAACUGA